ACACACACACACAUCACAUACACACCCUCUGCUGCCUCACAUUACAUGACACACACUCGCUCAGUGCAGUAGGAGAAAGAAAGCUCGGGGCAGAUUUCCCUCUCGAGUCCAACACAGCAAAAAUGCUAGGACUGACUAAAAUCCUCUUUCUCGGCUACUGAAAGCUUCUCCUCAGACUUCGUCGAGGGAGCGGGUCCUUUUGGAGCUCUGAGUGUUAGGAGGAGAACAGCUGGAUGGAGGGAGAAGGAGGGUGUAAAGGAAAUCCCAGUGCACUUGCGUCUGUGUCACUUCCCACUCCGAGAGAAAAACACCAGUCUGAAAGCGGAGAUUGCUGCAGUUUGGUAGAGAGCCUGGAAGAGACGCAUACGGACACUAUGGGUCUGUCCACAGGUGACCAGGGAAAGGAAGCUCCACAGCCGGACAGCGCUGCUGUUGGCUUCACAGCCACUGAGCACAUCUCCAGCACUAAGCUGUGCGGCUAUCUCCACAAGCAGGGCGGCCCGCUCAAAGCCUGGAAGUACAGAUGGUUCACCUACGAGGAGAAGAAGUGCCAGCUGUUCUACUAUCGCACAGCACAAGACUUGAACCCGUUGGGCAGGGUGGAGUUGUGCAAUGCCACAUUCAGUUACCCACUGCAAGGAGAGGAGGGCACUUUCCACAUUCAGACACCAGAACGCACAUUUAUACUCAAGGCUGCAAAUCGAGAUGCUAAAAUGUAUUGGCUGCAGCAGCUGCAGUUGAGACGAUGGCAGCACAGAGACCAGCUGAGUGCAGACUCCUCCCUGCCCACCUCAGAGAACGUCAUACAGGAUGGUCAGCAGCUCUUAGACACCUGCCCUGCGAACUUCCUGCCCACAGUGAAGAUUCCCCCAGGUCUGGUUGGGGAGGAAGCUGCUAAUCUACCGGUGCAAAGCAACCCCCUCAACGUCUCCAUCAAACACCCACUCAUCGAGAUACAAAACUCGGUACACAGCUUGCUUCUUCGUCGGCCAUCUCAAGAAUUACGUCGGAGUGUGUUUUGGUUGGAAUCUUUUACCACUGAUACCCCCAAAACGGACUCCCCCAAAAUUCCCCAAUGCAACAUACCCACCAUUGCAGUCUCUCCAGCCCCAAUGUCACCUCAGAACCCAUUUCAGUCUCCAGAGCCAGAGUGUGAGAGGCCAAAUGAAGGCCUGCAGUUCCCAGGUUGCUCUCUGUCUCUGCCCAAUGGGAAAAAGAAGAAAUGCAACUCAGCCACCAUGCCUGUUGACCGCAAAGAAGCAAGUGUCCUUGAACGCGCUUCCCGCCUCCAGCAGGAAAAACUGACUCUGGCUGAGGAGGUCAAAGCCCAGAAGGAGUUGGUGUGGCUGCUGCACAAAGCUCUGGAGGCGGCUCAGCUGGAGAAGCGUGCAUGUGCUCAGUUUCUGGCAGCAGAGGGUGAGCAAGAGCGUCUGGAGAUGCUGCGGCACGGCGAGCGCUGCGCUGCUGACCUGCGGGACCGGCUGGAGCAGCUGAGGCGCGAGAAUGAUACCCUACAGAGGAGCCUGAGCGAGCGGGAUGCACACGUGGCCGAGCUGCAGGACAGCGUGAAGCUCCUCAUGGAGAAGAACCAGGCCAAGCAGGAGGUCAUCCUCAAACUCUCUGAACAAGUGGCGGCAUGCAUAGCUGACCCGCUGAUUUCCUCUGAGUGCAUCAGCACCCAAACCUUCAGACAACUCACACAGGAGCUGGACAGCCUCAAGGAUGACAUAGAAGCUUAUAAGACCCAGAACAAGUUCCUAAACUCUGAGAUCUAUCAGCUGACCAGACUGUGGCAGAACAGCUCAGAACAGGAGAAAAGUCUUAUGGUGAAGUGUGCCUAUCUGGAGGCCAGCAACUGUCAGAUGGAGAGUCGGUACCUGGGGGUCCUAAGAAAACUUCAGGAGAACAAAGAGCUGACUGCAGCUCAGAGAGACACUGUGAGGACGCUAAUAGAGGAUGCGCUGCAGGAAAACCUGAAAGACGCUAUCAAAUUCAACAGUGUCAGGGAGUAUGAUGAGUAUGGCUUUAAGCUCAUCCCUGACUAUGAGGUGGAGGACAUGAGGCUGCUGUCUAAGAUCCAGGCUCUGGAGAUCCGCUCCAACAACCUGCUCAACCAGGAUGUAGGGGACAGGUCAGUACUGGCCCGCUGGACGCAGUACCUAGGCGGACGCUCCCCAGAUGAUCUUUCCUCUACUCUGGAGCUAAAGGUUCUCCUGCGGUGGGGCAUCCCACGUGAGUACCGGCGGCGAGUGUGGCGCUGGAUGGUGCGGACCUUGACCCGCUCGCUCCAGGAGCGACACCCAAACCUCUUCAAGCAGCUGUGCAAGAAGAGCCGCAACACGCCACACCCGGCGUCCAGACAGAUCCAGCUGGACCUGCACCGCACACUGACCACCAAUCAGCACUUCUCCUCCCCCUCCAGCCCAGCCUUGGAGCAGCUCCAUCGGGUCUUGCUCGCUUUCGCCUGGCAGAACCCCACCGUCGGCUACUGCCAGGGACUCAACAGGCUGGCUGCUCUCGCCUUGCUGGUGCUGCAGAAUGAGGAAGACGCUUUCUGGUGCCUGGUGGCCAUAGUGCAGUUUCUCAUGCCUCAGGACUACUACACCAAAACUUUACUGGGCUCUCAGGCAGAUCAGCGUGUGUUUAAGGAGUUUAUGGCAGAGAAGUUGCCACGGCUGGUUGCCCAUCUGGAGGAGCACAAUGUGGAUGUGUCCCUCGUCACCUUUAACUGGUUCAUGGUGGUGUUUGUAGAGAGUCUGCCCAGUGACAUUCUUCUUAAAGUCUGGGACGCCUUCUUAUCCGAAGGCACCAAGGUGAUAUUUCGUUAUGCACUUGCUCUUUUCAAAUACAAGGAGGAGGACAUCUUAAAGAUCCAUGACAGCGUGGAAAUCUAUCAGUACCUCCGUUUCUUCACCAAAACAGUCACAGACAGCAGGAAGUUGACGAGCAUCGCCUUCGAGGAUCUAAACCCGUUCCCGAUGAAACUUUUGCGUAACCGGCGGACUUUGCACCUCCAACGCCUGCAGGCUGAGCUCAGAGAGCUGGAGAAACUGCAGAAAGAGUAUGCUUCAGAGAGCACCCAGCGCAAGGACAAGGACAUAGACUUAAUCACCAGUGAGGAUGAUGAUGAUGUAUAGAAAGUUACACUUAUGUAUGAGAGGGCUCAGGGCAGGGAUGAAGAUUCACAUACAAUUACCAAAGUCUGUCUUACACAUACAGACAAGACAAAGACCUGAACAACAAAUACAGUGUGGGUAUGCAAAAGCAUGCACUCACACACCAACAGCCAACAACAGUCCAGAGAUAUGCAUAGUAGACAUUAGUGUUUCUUUUUGCUACUGAGGACUCUUUGGCCUGCACAGUUUGAAUUAUUCCAUGCUUCAACACACCUGAAUCAGCUCAUGAAGAGCUCAAUAAUCAGUUGAUGAGGUGGAUCGUGUGUUCUGGGGCAGAGAAUGAUUCAAACUGUUCAGGGCAGUGGGUCCUCUGGAGCAGCAAUAAGAAACAUUGCGAUACGCACAUAAAAUCAUAUACAGCCAUGGAGCUAGGCCAAUAUGGAAGACUGUGGGGAUUCUCUUUGCUGUACUAUUCACCUGCAUACUUCAGACAUCAGGGGUCUUGAAGAUGUAGGAAAAAAUAGCAUAGGCUAAAAGUGAGAAAAAGGACUGUGACAUAGUGAACCGAAAAACCGAAAGUGGGGUUCACCAGUAGAGGGCAUUAGACUCUAUGACGUGCAAUAAUAUUUGGCACUGUAAACGAGUUGGUACAGUCAAUAAAUGUACGUAAUCUGCUUCCUCAUCCAAAAAACAAACAAACAGAAAUCCUUCCUGACUUUAAUCGUCCCUCUGGAAUCAUAAAACGCAUUCAUGAAGCUUUCCCUCAUUAACAUUCCAAUACCAAAGAUUCUCCUGUUUUGAACUCACAGUAUAAUAGGACACACACUGAAUGUCACAAAUGUAUCUCAGUUGGAAAAAAAAAAAAGCUUUUAUACUUCAGCACUUAUAAUAAUUUUAUACUA